AUGAGCACGAAGGGAACCGAGUACGUUCCGAGCCCGUUCCCAGACCCACUUAUUACGGGAUUCUUCUUUGAUCUUAGAUGCGUCGCAUACUACUCCAACGACAAGAUUGAAAUCAUUGCAAACGACCAGGGCAAUCGGACCACACCUUCCUUUGGAAAGUUUUUUUUUGGUUUCACCGACACUGAGCGCCUGAUCGGAGAUGCGGCCAAGAACCAGGUCGCCAUGAACCCCCACAACACGGUCUUCGAUGCCAAGCGUCUCAUUGGCCGCAAGUUCCAGGACUCCGAGGUCCAGGCCGAUAUGAAGCACUUCCCGUUCAAGGUUAUCGAGAAGGGCGGCAAGCCCAACAUCGAGGUCGAGUUCAAGGGCGAGACCAAGACCUUCACUCCCGAGGAGAUCUCCGCCAUGGUCCUGACCAAGAUGCGCGAGACUGCUGAGUCCUUCCUCGGUGGCCAGGUCAACAAUGCUGUCGUCACUGUCCCUGCCUACUUCAACGACUCCCAGCGUCAGGCCACCAAGGACGCCGGUCUCAUUGCCGGCCUCAACGUCCUUCGUAUCAUCAACGAGCCUACCGCUGCCGCCAUUGCCUACGGUCUUGACAAGAAGGCCGAGGGCGAGCGCAACGUUCUCAUCUUCGACCUUGGUGGUGGUACUUUCGAUGUGUCUCUUUUGACCAUUGAGGAGGGCAUUUUCGAGGUCAAGUCCACCGCUGGUGACACUCACUUGGGUGGUGAGGACUUCGACAACCGUCUCGUCAACCACUUCGUCAACGAGUUCAAGCGCAAGCACAAGAAGGACCUGUCCUCCAACGCCCGCGCCCUGCGCCGUCUCCGCACCGCUUGCGAGCGUGCCAAGCGCACCCUGUCCUCGUCUGCCCAGACCUCCAUCGAGAUCGACUCCCUGUUCGAGGGUAUCGACUUCUACACCUCCAUCACCCGUGCUCGCUUCGAGGAGCUCUGCCAGGACCUGUUCCGCUCUACCAUCCAGCCCGUCGACCGUGUCCUCACCGACGCCAAGGUCGACAAGUCCCAGGUCCACGAGAUCGUCCUGGUCGGAGGUUCCACCCGUAUCCCCCGUGUCCAGAAGCUCAUCUCCGAUUACUUCAACGGCAAGGAGCCCAACAAGUCCAUCAACCCCGAUGAGGCUGUUGCCUACGGUGCUGCCGUCCAGGCCGCCAUUCUGUCCGGUGACACCUCCUCCAAGAGCACCAACGAGAUCCUUCUUCUCGAUGUUGCCCCUCUGUCCCUCGGUAUCGAGACUGCUGGUGGCAUGAUGACCAAGCUCAUUCCCCGCAACACCACCAUCCCCACCAAGAAGUCCGAGGUCUUCUCCACCUUCUCCGACAACCAGCCCGGUGUCCUCAUCCAGGUCUACGAGGGUGAGCGCCAGCGCACCAAGGACAACAACCUUCUCGGCAAGUUCGAGCUUACCGGUAUUCCCCCCGCUCCCCGCGGUGUUCCCCAGAUUGAGGUCACCUUCGACCUUGACGCCAACGGAAUCAUGAACGUCUCCGCCGUCGAGAAGGGUACCGGCAAGUCCAACAAGAUUGUCAUCACCAACGACAAGGGCCGCCUUUCCAAGGAGGACAUCGAGCGCAUGCUUGCUGAGGCCGAGAAGUUCAAGGAUGAGGAUGAGGCCGAGGCCCAGCGUGUCUCUGCCAAGAACGGCCUCGAGUCUUACGCCUACUCCCUCCGCAACACCCUCAGCGACUCCAAGGUUGACGAGAAGCUUGAGGCUGACGACAAGGAGAAGCUCAAGACUGAGAUUGACACCAUCGUCACCUGGCUCGACGAGAACCAGCAGGCUACUCGCGAGGAGUACGAGGAGCGCCAGAAGGAGCUCGAGGGCAUUGCCAACCCCAUCAUGAUGAAGUUCUACGGCUCUGCUGGCGGUCCCCCCGGUGCCGGUGGCGCCCCUGGCGGCUUCCCCGGUGCUCCCGGCGGCGCUCCCCCCGGCAACCACGACGACGGCCCCACCGUCGAGGAGGUUGACUAA